UCCUGCCAACAUCACGACCACAGACGCGCACUGACACCAAGCCCUACCUUUCAGCAGUAUUUCCUCUCCCACAACAAGCUGGUUCCUUCCAUCUCAGACAGUGGGUUUCAUUAGGAACACCCUGAAUUUAAUGACUGACUCGUCCGUUUAUGUAAUCAUUAGAACUACGCAACGUUUACAUCUCGCAGGGCUUUUUUUAUUUCAGUUUUUUUGUGUGUGCGGAGAUUAUCUAUAAAUAUAUUUUUUCUCAUCUUGUUGAUUUCCCUCUGACAUGGAAGUGAGAUGCCGUCCAGCGGUGAUGUGCUGUGUUUUCGCCGUCCUCUGCUCCGCGCUCUCCCGCUCCCAGGCGCUGUCUUACGCGGACAGGCAGUACCUGAACGAGUGGGCUGUGGAGAUCCCCGGCGGGCUGUCCGAAGCCGAGGCCAUCGCCAAGGAGCUGAACUACCAGCUGGUCCGACAGAUUGGGGCCCUGGAAAACCUCUUUUUGUUCAAACAUAACAGCCACCCUCGCAGGAUGAGACGCGGCGCCGACCACAUCACCAGGCAGCUCUCGGAGGAUGACCGGGUGUUGUGGGCAGAGCAGCAGUACGAGAAGCGAAGAAGCAAGCGGGCGGCCCUGAGGGAAUGCAGGGAAUGCUCAGUGGACAAGCUUUUUGACGACCCCAUGUGGAACGAGCAGUGGUACCUGCAAGACACGCGGUCGUCGUCCUCGCUGCCGAAGCUGGACCUGCACGUGAUCCCCGUCUGGCAGAAGGGCAUCACGGGAAAGGGAGUGGUCAUCACCGUCCUCGACGACGGACUCGAGUGGAACCACACAGACAUCUAUGCCAACUACGAUCCGGCAGCCAGCUACGAUUUCAACGACAACGAUCCAGAUCCUUUCCCCAGAUACGACUCCACCAAUGAAAACAAACAUGGCACUAGGUGUGCAGGGGAAAUUGCAAUGCAGGCUGACAACAACAAAUGUGGCGUCGGAGUGGCGUACAACUCCAAGGUUGGAGGAAUUCGCAUGCUGGAUGGGAUUGUGACGGACGCCAUCGAGGCGAGCUCCAUUGGAUUCAACCCCAACCAUGUGGACAUCUACAGCGCCAGCUGGGGGCCCAACGACGACGGCAAGACCGUGGAGGGUCCUGGCCGCCUGGCCCAAAAAGCAUUUGAAUACGGUAUUCAGCAGGGUCGCAAUGGGAAAGGCUCCAUCUUCGUCUGGGCAUCGGGUAAUGGAGGUCGCCAGGGCGAUAACUGUGACUGCGACGGCUACACAGACAGCAUCUACACCAUCUCAAUCAGCAGCGCCUCCCAGCAGGGCCUGUCCCCGUGGUACGCCGAGAAGUGCUCCUCCACUCUGGCUACGGCGUACAGCAGCGGAGACUACACCGACCAGAGGAUUACCAGCGCCGAUCUUCACAACGACUGCACUCAGACUCACACUGGAACCUCGGCUUCCGCCCCGCUGGCUGCUGGGAUUUUUGCCCUCGCCCUGGAACAAAAUCCGGAUCUCACGUGGAGAGACCUGCAGCACAUUGUGGUGUGGACCUCGGAGUUCGAUCCGUUGGCCAAUAACCCGGGCUGGAAGAGGAACGGAGCGGGGCUGAUGGUGAACAGCCGCUUCGGAUUCGGGCUUCUCAAUGCCAAAGCACUGGUUGACCUCGCAGACCCAGCCGUGUGGAAACACAUGCCGGAGAAGAAGCAGUGCAUCGUCAGAGACGACUCUUUUCAGCCGAGGGAGCUGAAGGCGGCGGGAGAGAUCACCAUAGAGAUUCCAACCAAAGCCUGCGAGGGCCAGGAGAACGCCAUCCGCUCCCUGGAGCACGUGCAGGUGGAGGCCAGCAUCGAAUACACCCGGAGAGGAGACCUGCACAUCACGCUUACCUCCCCCGCAGGUACAACCACUGUACUUCUGGCAGAGAGAGAGAGAGACACGUCAUCCAGCGGCUUCAAAAACUGGGAUUUUAUGUCGGUACACACCUGGGGAGAAAACCCUGCUGGCACUUGGACAUUGAAGAUCACAGAUACUUCGGGGCGAAUGGAGAACAAGGGGCGGAUCUUGAACUGGAAGCUGAUUCUCCACGGAACAUCGGAGAAGCCGGAACACAUGAAGAAACCUCGAGUCUACAUUCCUUACAACGCCGUUCAGAAUGACCGGCGUGGGGUGGAGCACAUGGAUGACAUGAUGGAGGACCUCACGCAGCUCCGCCCCCGUCAGAAAACCGGGCCUGCAGAAGCUUCUCCUUCAGUCUCAGAGAAGGAGCCCAAAAGCCCCUCAAGCGGCUCCCCACCCCUGGCCCUGCUACGUCUCCUUCAGACGGCUUUCAAACAACAGGCCACCACGUCGCAGCUUCCCCGGGCCACAGCGAGGCCCCUCUCUGCCCGAAGGAAGCAGCAGCAGCAGCAAAGCCGGGGUUUUCUCCCUCUUCCUACGAAACUCCCAGCUCAAAAGCUGUACCAGGCUCUGGACUUGAUCAACAAGUUUAGCGGCCCGGGGGACAGCCUCUACAGUGACUACAGCGACGGCUUCUACAACAUCAAGCCGUACAAGCACAGAAACGACCGGCUGCUGCAGGCCCUGUUUGAAAUGCUGGACGACGAGUAGAGGCCAGGGAGGCGCAAGACGCAGGGGGGGAGGAGAGGAGAGGAGAGGAGAGGAGAGGAGAGGAGAGGAGAGGAGAGGAGAGGAGAGGAGAGGAGAGGAGAGGAGAGGAGAGGAGAGGAGAGGAGAGGAGAGGAGAGGAGAGGAGAGGAGAGGAGAGGAGAGGAGAGGAGAGGAGAGGAGAGGUUGGGUUGGGAGCGGAGGAACAAGACAAAGAGAUGAAAGAAAGAGGCAGCCGGAUGUCAAAACCUCUUGAGAUGAGAAAUACCCAAAAUGCUGCAUUUCUGAUUAUCUACUUCUAAUCCAUAACUGUCUGUAGAUCCGUUCUUUCAUUCAGUCCUUUAGAGCGGUAAACUCUUUAUUUCCAACAUGGACUUGUUUGGAGCCUGUGUGCUGUAAAGUAUAUCCUCAUGUGGGGCAUCUGAAUGCAUUUAACCAGAACACAAAGGGAUGUAGGAGGUUUCGGUGGCCUUGGCUCUCUUCUCGUUCCUGCCUGCUUAAGCAUGCCACCGUUACAAUAUAUGUUUUGCAGUAGUAUCUAUUUCUAUAUUGUCAUCCGGAAACAAUGAUUGUAAUAUGGUUUGAAAGCCCUUUUAAGCAAAUCCCAUCUAUAUGUAGUUAUUCCUGAUGCUCUGAGCUACUGUAAUAACUUUUUUCUUUACCUCUGAGUAAAAGGUUAUUCUAUAAAGUUAGAUAAAUCUGAAAAAUUCCAGAAACUAAUUAAAAAUACUAAAUUGAUAAUGUCUUUAAAAUAUUUUGAAAAUGUUGGCUUUUAAUCAGUUCUCAGGGUGUCAACAAAGCAACACAAUAAUAGCUUUAUUUUCUAUAUACUUGCAAGUCUUAUGAGAAAUUAUUUGCUAAAUAAGUAAGCAAAUAAAAAAAUGUUUUAACUUGCAAAUCAACAAGGAUAAACAAAUUUGAAAAAUACAUAAUAAAGAGAAUUUAAAAGUCACAAAAAGCUAAGCAAAUACCCCAGCAGUUUAUUUAUUUAUUUUUAUGAGGGCAAUGCUGCAUUAAAGAAAUUAUUUUUCUAUAGAUGAUUUAAACCUGUGAAAUAAGUUUAAUAAGACAUCAGAACCUUUUAAAAAUGUAUUUCUUUGUGGUUCCGGUCACACAGUUCGUGGCUGCAAGGUCUGUAUGGUUAUAAAUACGUAUAACUACAAACACUGCCAAAAAUGUUGCUGUCGAAAAGCUUCGCAAAAGGAAAAAAAAAAUAAUAAUAAUAAUUUGUUUUCCAGCGGAAAAAAAAAAAAGAAGAAGUAAAAACUUCACCUGGCCCAAACCUCUGUAGAAUAGGGGCUGAAUCCUGCAGCAUCAAAGCACAUUCAUGUUGAACGCCUUAAUUUCUGCUAUGAUUACUGUGCACAUUUAAUCUCCGUUUAAUGUCGAUCAGUUUUGCUGGGUUUAGUCCUUAGUGUUUGUGACAUGAAUCCUUCCGGAAGCCGUCGUGGGGAGUCUCUGCUCUCUGCCUCGGGUCGCCGCCUCAGCAAAGUGACCCGUUUGGAUAAAAGCUUUUCCUGCUCCAACUUACCUUUCCUUCAGAGCAGCCCGUGCUGCUUUCUUAACCACUUCUGUUGACAGAUUUUUCAGUCAAACGUCGUUUACACAAAAUUAACGUUAUGUUGCCAUUUCUGUAUGGAUGUAUAGAAAAGAAAAGUCUGAAAUUUAUCGAAUAAACUGCAAAGCGAC